AUGUUCUGUAGAAAAGCUAUAGUAGCCGCCACACACAUCUUGUUGCCAUGCAGCCUCGCGACGGCGCAGGGCGCUCGGGAGCGUGCCGUGCACCACAUGUCGGACGCCUUCCACCGCUGCGCCAGGCAGGAGGUCGAAAUCGGCCACGUUCUGUACCACGGCAUGUUCCACCUGCUCACGGACACGCUCUUCUCCCUUGAUGGACAGGACAAGUUGAGGGACCAGGAGAGGAUGAUAACAGAGGCGGACGUGGUGAAGCUGCCAUACCUGCAGGCCGCGGUGAAGGAGUCGAUGCGGCUGCAACCCGUGGCGCCUUUGUUGUUGCCACACCUGGUGGUGGAGGAGGGCAUGGAGAUAGGCGGAUACGCCGUGCCCAAGGGCGCAGCCAUAAUCUUCAACUCGUGGUCCAUCAUGCGCGACCCGGCGACAUGGGAGAGGCCUGAGGAGUUCAUGCCGGAGCGUUUCCUAGGGAAGACGGAGCUCGGCAUGUGGGGGAAGGAGGUCAAGUUUAUCCCGCUGGGCACCGGCCGGAGGCUGUGCCCAGCAUUGCCCAUGGUGGAGCUCCUCGUGCCCUUCAUGGUGGCAUCCAUGCUGCAUGCUUUGGAGUGGCGGCUGCCCCAUGGCAUGCCACCUGACCAGGUGGACGUGACCGAGAGGUAUACAAGCAAUGAUAUCCUCCUUAUGGAUGUGCCUCUCAAGGUUGUGCCCAUGGUCGCCACCUAG